GAGCGCGCGGGCACCAACUGCUUGCCCCCGCCCGCAACCGCAACAGCUGCUACCCCCAUAUGGACAUCUCAAUAUUUGUUUUAUUUUUUUAAUAUAUUUGUAUAUAAUUAUAAUUAGAGUAGCGUGGAAACCUAUAUACACCAAAGUCUCAUAUGCACCGUUUUUUUUUUUAAUUUUGUUAGUUCGUGCAAUUGCUCAUAUACACUGGAUAUGUUCCCUUUAUAUAGCACCCCCUCUAUCUCUACCCAGCUCUCCUUCGAGCUGCCACCCCUCUCUUCUCGUCUUCUUCUCCCGUCCCCUCUUCCCUGCUCUGCUGCGCUCGACCAGGGGCUUCAACCAGAGAAGCGAGCAGAGGAUCAGGCGCGCCGCGCGCCAGGCAGCCGCUGCUUGAUGGGGUCCAAAGCGGUAAUUCUUGCCGCGGCUGUACUGGCGGUCCUCCUCUCCACCCCGGCAUUGGCUCAGAAGGGUAGCCCGCCGGCGCCCGUGUCACUGCCGCCGGCCCCGGCCCCGGCGCCGGCGCCGCACUACGUGGACCUCGCGGAGCUCCUGAGCGUGGCCGGCCCGUUCCACACGUUCCUCAGCUACCUGGAGAGGACCAACGUGAUCGAGACCUUCCAGGGCCAGGCCAACGACACCAAAGUGGGCAUCACCGUGUUCGUCCCCAAGGACUCGGCGUUCUCGGCGCUCAAGAAGUCCACCUUCUCCAACCUCACCUCCGACCAGCUCAAGAAGCUGCUCCUGUACCACGCGUUGCCCAGGUUCUACUCCCUGGCCGAGUUCAAGAACCUGAGCUCGCUCAACCCGGUGGACACCUUCGCCGGGUCGCCCUACACGCUCAACCUCACCGACGACAUGGGCACCAUCUACGUGCAGUCCAUGUGGUCCAGGCCCAAGAUCGCCAGCAGCGUGUACGCCACCAGGCCCGUCGCCGUCUACGCGCUCAACAAGGUGCUGCUGCCCAUGCAGCUCUUCAGCAAGGACCCGCCGCUCGCGCCGGCGCCCGCGCCCGCGCCCGAGUCCGGGGCGUCCGAUGCCCCCAGCCCCGCGGCCGCCGGCAAAGCAGGCGGCCUGACGGGCGGCAAGGGCGACUCGACGAGCGCCGCGCACAGCACCGGCGCCGUCGGCGUUGCCAGCUCCUUGCUGCUCGCUGCAGCAGCGCGCUUGAUUCUCCUGUGGUGGUGACCGGUGACAGGCUUGUGGGUUCUUGCCAUUCGUGUGAGCACAGCAUUCGUGCCUCCCCACGGCCACGCUUGAUUUCGUUUUGAAUGGGUUGCUGGAGUAAAUUCUUUUGGACAUAAAGUAGGCAUACCGUUAGGAUCGAGUUGGAGUAUUUUUACGUCACAUUACAUCAUUACUCUCAUAAUGUCUAACAUUUUUUUAUCGACGGAUGAUUGAACGGAUGAACACGAGAAAAAAGUUUUCACUGCAACCACUUUUCCUCUAGUCCAUCUACGCAGCUGGCGAUCGAAAACAUUUUGAUAGCUGUUAAAGAACUAAAACUGCUUCACACCUCACCUCUGGCUCUGACUGUUUCACCUAGUGACCUGUUGAUGCCCACUGGACACGUGGGAAAUGUCCCUGUGAGAGGUCGAGUCUACGCCGCUGAGUCGUUCCUGGCAGGAACAACAUGCUCAAGAUUACAACUUUGUUCAAUAUGGUGGCUGUACACUGAAAGGAUGGCGCAUAUGCUAUACACUAUUUUAUUCGAAUUUUCAACUUGGGCUGGUUCCUGCCUAAAGAAA